ACCCCUGUAGAAUCCGUUAGAGAGAAGCGGAUCCAUUGGAGAACUGCUGUGUUACCGUUACGGAAGUAGCCGCCUUGCCGUGACGAAAAACAAACUAACCUAUUUGACGAUCUCAGCGAAGCCACGACGUUACGGUGAAUCGCAAAUUGCGGCUUGGUUUAGGUCACGCCAACGAGGAGAGUCAAUCAGUUCGUCGUUGGUUGAUAACCAAAGGGUAGACGGUGUUAGUCAUGAAUGGUAAAAGCUGGUAAGAAGCUGUAAGCGAGAUAUGGUUGGUCCGCAUUCGAGCCCUGUACCGACCUAUGCCUGCAUGCGGAUGGUGUGCCUAAGAUCCGGUUGACGUCGAAUUCCUGACGGAGUGGCAAAUCUGCCAAUUAAAGGGAAACACCAGUGCUAAUCACUGUAGUGUGGGCAGCCAUUCAGUCUGCCAGUAGCUGGCGAGGUUUACUUAGAGCUGUUCUUCUUGCAUCCCUACUAGUCGGUCAUGCGGGUCUCGACCGAACAGAGCGCAGUAAUUAAAUACUUAUAGGCAACAGAGCAGUACAGAGCGGGUGUCGUCGCAUUAACGUAAGCCUGUUCUACAAAGAAACUAACCAUUAUAAGUGUCAAACCCGAUGACACCAUCAUUUAGGGUUUGGCUGAAGCAAAACGACGUCUAGAUGCCGUAACGUACGCAGUCCCUUUACGUACUUCAAAAGGUGCUUGUAGUGCAAAACCAGUGGGAGAAUAUAGCAGUGGUGUUUCAACGGGAUUUGCCUUGACAGUGUAUGCUAGACAGGCGAGCGGACUUUUAGACGACAACGUUUAAGACUCAACGAGAUAGCAAGCGGACUAUUUUCUUUCUGUUGUUAUCGGUGCCAAACGAAAACAAGGAUGGACCUGCCCAAAAAGGUGCGUCUGGGUGAGGGCCUAACAGGACAUGGGCUACCUACUUAGCCCAUUGAUUCCUUUAUUUGUCCGCGCAUCGCUUAGUAUCCAUCAUCGAUGAUCCGAUAUCUGUUAGUAGCAGUUGCGGGAGAAGUUAUCAUCAUUAGAUCAAAUACGUGAUGAUUAUAAGCGCUGCUUAUAGAGUUAAGAGAAAAAGAGAGAGAGAAAUAAAGAUAACGAGAACCUCUGUGUGACAACAUUGAGUGCCAAAUAGACUUCGGCUGGCAUAGGCAGAGUCACCGUAGUUUAGCAGAAUUGGAUCUUUCUUGUUGGCUGUUAGUUCCCUCCGUCUGCAGUAAUCUCUCGGGUCGGCGGCGGCGGCUCGUCGAGCCGUCCAUCCAACAUUAAAAAUUGGUCAGAGUAUUGGUUGUUGUAGCGCCCUUGUGGGCGGCCAGAAGAUGGGGCAAAGCGGCCUGUCAAGACCAGUAGCGCCGCCGCAGCAGGUGCCACCGGAUCUGCAUGCGCACUCCCAUCCACCAGCACAGCUUAGCCAGCCAGUGCACUAUCCAGGAGGUGGACCACAGGGUGGCUCCCAGGGCGCAGGCUCACCCGGUCCAUCGAAUCAACUGAGCUUAACAUCGUCGUCUUCCUCGCAUCAACAGUGCGGCACCUACGCAUCCGGCACAUCAAAUCUCGACAGCAAAAAGUGCCCGUCCCGUAGUGCCGCUCUAAGCGCUAGUAGACCCUUGUCCACUCUCAAGAAACGACUGAUACGCGGCAAGCGACGUUCCUCAAAAAGCUACGAUCACGCUCAGAUCUUCCGAGAUUUCGUCCGUACAUCGGGCUGGAAUGCACGGGAGGUAUCUGCCCUCGUCCGUGAGUACGAAUGUCUGGCGGCGUUGCGUGAACUCGAAACGCAGGCGGAAAGCGCUCGAACAUCGGCCAAUUCCGCGCGCAAAGAUCUUGCCGCCCUAUUUGAAUCGAAGUUAUGUGCCGAUAUCACGCUCCUCUACCGUGGCAGUUCGUUUCCGGCACACCGAGCUGUGCUUUGUGUCCGAUGUCCAUUUUUCCGUGAGCUCCUCAAUGAUCCCGUGACGCUGGGAAGUCAAAUCGUCGUCGAGAUCGACAUCCCCGAAGUUACCCUCCAGCUGUUCAACGACCUCAUUCGAUACCUCUAUACAGGUGAGCUGAGCGUGUCACACUCGGGCUCGCUGGGCACCCUCCUCAAGCUGUCUGAGCAGUUCGGCAUACCUAACCCACUUGAGCAAGAUCUGCGUUACCUGCUUGAGACGGGAGUGUAUUGUGACGCACUGCUCGUAUUCUCUAACCACACGAGCCAGACUGGGCAGACAGCGACUGCUAGUACGCAAAACCUGCGCCAUUGUGUUCAGGGUGCAGCUGGCGAUUUCUGCAAAUGGUGCAGCACGAGCACGGAGUUUGCGUGUCACAAAGCGCUGCUGGCCGCACGUAGUCGUUUUCUCAAAGCCGCAAUUCUUCGCCAACAGAGACGCGAGGGUGUGCUUCUGCAACGGAAUGUGAAAAUCACACUUGACCGUUCGGUUGUGCCUGUCAAAUACUCGAAGGUUAUCCUUUUCUCGAUUUAUCAAGACAACGUUGACUUCGCUAGCCUGUUGCCAGCGGAAAGCAUGCUCCAGGACCUUAUGGAAAUCUAUCAAAUUUCACGUUUGCUUGAAAUUGAUUCACUGACACAAAACUGUGAGGAUCUCAUCGUCGAACUAAUGACUGUUGAAAAUAUCGUACCGGUACUAAACUGGUCGCAGCAAGCGCACGCUUCGCAAUGGGUCCGGCGACAGGCGAUGAACUUCCUCAAGGAAGAUUUUGCCCUCGUGGCCUGUGUUCCGUACACAUUAAGCCAACUCCCUGCUGAUACACUCUCAGAGGUGCUUGACUCUGACUUCGUGCAAGCGUCUGAACUCGAAAUUCUAAGCGCCAUACUUAAGUGGUCGGAGAAUCGCAAUCUAAGUACCACCGAUUCGGCUGAGCUGAAACGCAACACAAGCGAACGCGGCAAGGAAACCUUGUGCCGAAAUUCUGGUAAACGAUCAGCUAGUCUCGAUUUGCUCCGUGAUACGGCAUUUUGUGAAGGCUCGCCAGAAGUUGUGAAAAAGCUAAUCGGCAAGGUUCGGUUUGCACAUAUUCUGCCAAAGUGCGAAAAUGAGGUGCUCCAGGUUUGUGCCCAUAGGGGAUUAUUGCCGCCCCAACAAGCCACUGAGCUGCUCAAAACGACGUCUCAACAUGUAGCACUCAUACCGGCUAACACACCCCAGAGAGGGGCCGCCGAAUGGGGUUCUCAACGGCCACGUCUUUUUUUGCCGUACUUCGAAGAGGCAAAGGCCAUGCUCGAGACCCUAGAACAUGUCUGCACUACGCCUUGCUCGAGUCUGCCCUUCGGAACUACGUUAAUACCGUCACCAAACUCCUAUGUCACACGUUCUGAAGAGAACAUACUUGAUUCGCUAACGCGAACGAAAGACGCUGAUCAAAUGACGAACUACCUCUACGACUUUUCGAAACCUGCGCUCAGUCAGGACACGGGAUCGAACAACGAGUCGAAAUCGCCUGACGAGACGUUAAUGGUGUCGCCGAGCGAGGAGUUACUUCAUCAAAUGCGGCAACGAGAAGCUGAACUGUGGUCGACUCCUGGAGCUUGCAAGACAAUUGCGCUAGCACCCCACAAACGUUCACUGGUCAGUUCCCUGUUGCGCCUCCGAGUUGUGCGCGAAAUGGGUUUCCCAGACGAGACAGCACAAGCGUUGAAGAACUACACAUCGAAAAGUCUACCAGUGUCGUCUACUGGUACGUUAACUUACGGUGGUGCCACGGUGGCUCAGGCCGGCUCGUGCAAGAAGCAUGCGCCGAUCGAGGCCCCCACUACCGUUGUUCCAACAGGGUUCGACCAGCCACGAAUCCGCAGUAACCCAUCGCAGCAUUCAUUGCAUCUGUCCAAGCGCAGCCAAAAUUCGAGGAACGUUCCGGCCGUUACGCAAGUUCCACCACAUCCGCCAUCUGCCGUUGUGUCGCUCAACGGCCACAUGGACGUAGCUGAUACACUGCCGCGAGAAUUUCGACUAUUAACUCACAGCCAAGGUCCCGACCAUUACUCGACGAUGCAAGCUAGUCUUGCGCACCUUCUAGCCAGCCAAGCCAACCUCACUGACCUAGGCUCCGGUGAGCUGUCGUUAGGCUGUCGUUUGGUGCAUAAGCCCGCUCCACAACCGUUGCAUCAUAACCUGCACAACAUGCAGAGUGUUCACUAUAGUCUGGCGCGUCGAAAACAACGCUUGAGUAGCGGGCCGCAAUUCUUGUUGAGGGAUGACGCUUUACCAGUGUCGAAUUUACUGCCGUGGACGGGUUCCACGCACGUUACUGUUGGCCCAACAGCGUCAACCGAUCUACACAAGACUCCGGUACAUUCGCUCAGCUCGAAUCGGCGUCUUCUAUCAACGUUUGGAUUCGGCGUCAGUUAUGGCUACUGCGGACACGGUAAUCGACCGUACAGGGAACAUAUCUCGAGUCAGGGAGGAAUCAAUGGUUAAAGUAUCAUCUUGAAGAACGCUUUUCGUUAUUCGAAACGAAGUCAUCAUCAAAUGUACCCAAUUAACGGAACUCUUACUUAUGUCUUCGCCUUCGUGACAAAAAACAGCCCUUUCAACUAGGUUCUAAAAAGUUAUUGGGCCAAUAUUAUCUAUGCCUAUAUUCUACUAUAUAAGUGAGGAAUAUAUUAUUACUAAAAAUCAGAGUGAACAACUAGAAUCAGACCAUCUAAAGGACGCUGUCAACCGACAAUCUGGCGAAACAAGCAAAAGAUAUCCGUACGGAUAAAAGUCCAUUAAAUCUUUCUACGACAUGAAAUACCUAAUAGUCAAUAACUAUAAAGGACACUGCACAUCGAGCCCUAUAGUAUUGAUAACAUUUUUCCCCCCAGUUAUCACAAUUCACAUUACCUUCAGUGGCAGCAAUAAUCGGAAAACGACAUUCAAUUUUGGCGCCCAUUUUUUCUUCGAAGUUCCUCUAUGCAGAGGAGCAUUUCUGUGGAUGGCUGCCUCGCCUACACCAACGACUCUACUACCAUACUACGUCUGCUGCAUAAAUACAUAUAAAGACAAUAGGCCCGGAUCACAAGAUAUCCAAGCGAACGGACAGUCGUGCCAUAAUAUGCAUCGAUAAUAUCGUUUACAACAAUAGAACAUAAUUAGAUAUCAAAAACAGGAUGAGAUCUUUUCCCGCCAUUAGGGGCAAUAGUAGAAAUAGUUCCCGCGAGGGCCCCAACGUAGGCUUAGUCGAUACGACAUAUUUUCAUGGACAAAUGAACACACACACACAUACAGAGAUAUUUACACAAUCUACGGUGAUUUUUCUCGUAGACACAAGCAUCAUGGUGAUAGAAUAUGCCUCGGACGAAUCAGCUAUCGGUAUAGAAGGCACGAAACGAACCAGAUCUAUUGUAUUACAACGCUGAACUUUGGUGAGAAAAAAUAACCCGCUUUUCAUCAGUAUAGUAAUAUAAUAGGAUAAUAAUAAUAACCGAUAACUUGUUGCGUUGACCUAAACGUCCGGAGGCGGCUUUUUUAAAGGCAGAAGAAAGCGUCAAGAAGAGUCGAGCUUCCUUCUAUUUUCGGUUUUUGCUGCUAGGUGGGGCAGAAGAGUCGCUAGCAAUCGUUACAGAUUGUACUACAGCUUCUCGUUAACAAGUUAAUGUGACAUACAACUAUUAACAAUAAUGCUAGGACAACAUACUACACCGUCAUUCUUGUUGUUGUUAUUGUUGAUUUUGAGACAACUCUGGAACUUAUCAAGAAAAUGACUGAACUCCGUCCAACUCCUUUUGCUUGGACGAAAUCUAUACUAGUAUAUUAAGCUUAAAGUGAGAGUGAAAGUUGUGUCUCGACGGAAACACGCUAAAAUACAUCGCUGUGCUACUUGUUGUACGCUAUAUAUGAGGGUAGGCAUUGCCGAAAAGGGAUCAGUUAUGCAAAGGAUAACAGAAUUGGAAGAUUUUAAGUUUUCUAUGCAGAGUCGCAUUAGAAGAAGGUACAAAGCAGGACUUUCUCUUAGGGACAGAGAGAGAGAGAGAGAGAGAGAGAGAGAGAGAGAGAGAGAGAACGAACAAAUUGCAAAACGCUCACGGCAAGCUUUUGAAUAGCAUAGAAUAACGACAAACUACUGCUUACAUUUGUCUGAGACAGAAACAGCUUUCGUGAUUCUGUGUCUCGGAGAUGGAGCUGAAUUUAUAGGGCUUGACAAGAACUAUCCACGUUAGAGUCCUUCGGUAAUAUUGGAACAAAAGGAAUUGGAUAGAAUUUAGUUUUUUCUAACGUAUUCAUGUGUAGGUUGAAAAUAAUUGCUUCAUCGGGGCACCAAAGGCGUAUUAUACGGUGAGCACAGGUAGAUUAACUCUGUCGUUUUGACUCCAAACUCUAAUACUCUGAUAAUCUAGGUGAUGAAAAAAAAGCAACGAAUCAUCAGAUAAAUCAGAUUAAUUACAAAAACUGAUUUAUUUACAAGGAACUAAUAUAAUACGCGUCUUCUACUACACCAUGCUCUAACAGUCCCUAGAUAUUCCAGCGUAAAGAGCUUAGUUUCUAUUACCGAACUGGCUAUCUAUCUCUUGGUUCAUCUUCCCUAUACAUGAUUUCUAUCAUAAAGAACGUAUGCAAACCAGAAUUACGUCGUUGAAAAAUGGUAAGCUCGCCAUAUGCUCUCUCUUAUAAAUGUUAACUGCAAUAAUGUUGCAGACAAUAUCCAGUAGGGAGCAAAAAGAAGUAACGCGAAAUCGAAAUUCAUGCAAUAUAGUUUCGGUACUUAGGGAACAGAUUGACCAAGAUUUUUGGGGCCUGUUGUCCCCUAAGAGAGACACUGUGAAACUAAUAAGUGGAGGAGCAGACACUUGAAGAUUGUGUAAAGGUCGACGAAAGUCUUCCGAUGAAGGAACGAACGCAACCGUGUGUUGGGCGUUGGGAUCUAGUUUGUUUGCAAAUACACACCAACACGGUUGUCUGUCUAGCGGAAUGAAAGGACAAAAUGUUUAAUGUAAGGAAAUUCUGUACAGAAAAUUGUGAAAAAUAAAAAUAGAAACAAAACAAUGACCAUCAUAUUUUACUUGUUGCUACCACUAGAACGAGAACAGUAUUUCUAUUGCUAGCUAAUUUAUCAACACUGGAGUUUCGGGGUAUUCCGAUAGAUACAACAAAAAAAAAAUAAUGUUAAAGGGUUCACUUGUCUAGACAGAGAAACACCAAAACUCAUUAGCUGAGCUCAUUACGACUCGAAUACACCGUUUCGGCUGAGGUGAUUUUCGUCGACCGUGCUUCGAAGUGGAAAAAUCAAUUUUCCUUAGUUGACAGGAGCGAACAAUACCUCUAAGGCUUCACAAAAUGUACUCGAUUGAAACAGGCGCAUGAUAAAACAAGGCGUUUUAGCAAGGGAAGUUUCUCGCGAGCACGUGGUUGCCAAUGGUCUACUUGGGCCAUGAACCCAUCACCUGCACGGGAUGUCGAUCCUGUUGGGGGGUGAAGAGGCUCUUACAGCUUAGGUUAUGUGUGAUAGCAAUUUUAGCACAGAUCGCAGGGAUUCUAUGGAGUAUUGUUCCGCUAACAGAUGAAAAGCAUACGUUUUACUUUUUGUUUUUGUUUAUCUCCAUUGAAGAAGUAACGGUAUGCAGUGAUGUAUAUUGUCUAACCACUUGCAUGUUGGAUUCAUAUUAUUAUCGUUAUUAGACGCAGGGACUGCGUUUGUCUGCUCCGACAUUUCCAUAUAAUAUAUAUCGUAGCCAAGAAAAGACAGCCACAAACACUUAACGGUGAUAUUAGAUAUGAAAAAAAUUGUAUGUACAAGUAAGAAGAUAGAUGUACUCGAGUGAUGAGGACGGUAAAUACAUAGUUGUCGAAUUUCGUCACGUCAGGUCCAACGAUUGCCCACACUAUUAGCCACCGGGGCAGAAUCAAUUACGUAUUAAAGGUUCCAUAAUGACUAUGGCCUCUUCAUAAAACAAGUCAGAACCCUAAAAAGAGAAAAGGAAAUAGAAUAUCUGCUAUGGAUUCAGUGGUCCGUAUGAAUUGUUUAGAUGAUAUCUUGAGUGGAAUCUUUUAAUAACACACAGUUCCGCCAAAAAAAUGUCAUUUUCUAAUUGUAAACUAACAAGCAAGAAACGUAACUUUGGCUUUUUGAGUUUGGCCUAAAACUAAGGUUAACCGGUUAAAUUUAAAAUAACAAAUAUGACUAAGUAGUAAAGAGAACAUGAUAGUACUAAGGAUAAAAGGUGCUGAAACUCAAUGAGUUAAUUGUUACAAAUUUAAUUAUUUUGAUUUUCUAUGGUAGCAAAUACCUAUACGUUACUUGUACAUAAAAGUAAGUAAUAAAACAUUAUGAACGGAAAUGAAAUUGAAUUGUUGGAUAAACUGCGCGUGUUGAAAAGAAAAAGCUGUUAAUUAGUGUUAUAAAUAAUAACUCAAUGAUGUUGAAAUGAAACACGUACAUGGUACACAUGCGAAACGUAUGGGGUUGCACGAUAAAAUGGACAUGAUAUAUAUAUGUUUUUGGGAGAACGAACCAAUACGAUAAACGCGUGUUCGAAAAAGGACCCUAACUGCCGUAAGUUUUACAGUACUAAUAAAAGAUAUACAGAUACGAAAAUACAGGAUGGCUAGCCAAACGAAUAGAAGAAAUAUCUAAAUAAACUUCAUAGGUACUACCGAUCACAUUAUUGUUCAGUACUUCAUUAACAAACUAGGAAAGACAAACCGCUUAAUAACAAAAGAUAAACUACUUUUAUUUGGUGAAAGGAGAAAUCGGAUGAUGGCACCGUUUCUUCGAGACUUCUUCUAUUAGAAUGUUAAUUAAAUCCCGUUUUUUCGGAAGUACACAAAUGACAAACCUUGUUGGUAAUAGUAUAACAUAGCUAUCAACAUACCCAUUCUUAUAAUAGAGGUAUGAUAACUAAUUACUCUACAACAAUUAUAAGGUGCAAAGAGGUGUCAAAAAAAUGAGAGAAGAAAAACGAAUGACUGCCCUUAGAAUAUAUUGAUAACAACAAUAAAGGCGAGGGCAUCGAUUGCCCGAAUGAUGUCGACAAUACGAAAUAGUACCAACAAAAAAACUAUUGAGAAUAGAGAACAUAAAUAGGAGCGCUCUAUUCAUAGAACGGAGUAACGCUAACAAAUGAUGUAGGGCAAAAAGAAACCUUAAAUACGACCAUGAAAAUACACGAACAUAGAGAACAAAAAAAGCAAGGUGAAAGAACUAACUUAAGAAAAACAGAAUAGGUAACAGAAGGCGAAUUAGGCCUUAGGCAAUAUAAUGACUCUGAAGCAUUGCUUAGUCGCUGCGAAAAAUAGCUAAACGCCUGCGCUGGCACAGAUAGACGACAGUGGUCAGACGAUAUUGCUGGGCUUAUUGGAAUGGACUAGAAAGGAACCCGAUAGUCGAAGCGGAGUUAGGGAUCUCAAUUUUGUUCUUGUACAUAUGCAUAUGGAUUCACACACACACACACACACACACACACGUCCUAAAUAACAAUGAAACUACUGUA